CGGGGCUGGGCGUGGAGAGGCGGGGCGCGAGCGGGGGAACCCCUCCUUCCCGUCCUCCUUGGGGUCGACCGGUCUGCCUGCCCAGAUCCGCUGCCGAGCCCGGAUCGGAGGCGACAGUGCGGCCAAGUGGGCGCGGCCGGCACGAGUUGGGGGGCAGGGUGCCCGGGGCAGGGGGGCGGUGACCCGGGACAGUGCAGGCGGGAGAACAGACCCGCGGACCUCAGAGGGGAAUCUGAGAGCUCAGACCGUGAACGGACGUGAGACUGGCCAGGGCUGGGGGCCAGAAACUGGUCAGCGCUUCGGGGCUCAACUAAGCGGACGCCAGAGUGUUCUCCGGUGGCGCGGGGGAGCAGGUGAACAGGUCCUCACUCCCAGCUCCACGCCCUCACGCGCUCUCGCCCGGGCCCCGGCUCCCGUCCGCAGCCAUGGGCCCCGGCCCCAGCCGCGCCGCCCGCGUCCUACGCUCGAUGCUCUGCGCGCUCGCCUUGAUGGUGGCCGCCAGCGACCGCGUCGCCUCCGCCUUCAACCUGGACACGCGAUUCCUGGUGGUGAAGGAGGCCGGGAACCCGGGCAGCCUCUUCGGCUACUCGGUCGCCCUCCAUCGGCAGACGGAGCGGCAGCAGCGCUACCUGCUCCUGGCUGGCGCCCCCCGGGACCUUGCUGUGCCUGAUGGCUAUACCAACCAGACCGGUGCCGUGUACCUGUGCCCACUCACUGCCCACAAGGACGACUGUGAGCGGAUGGACAUUGCAGAGAAAAGUGACCCUGACCAUCACAUUAUUGAGGACAUGUGGCUCGGGGUGACUGUGGCCAGCCAGGGCCCUGCAGGCAGAGUCCUGGUCUGUGCCCACCGCUACACCCAGGUGUUGUGGUCGGGGUCGGAGGACCAGCGGCGCAUGGUGGGCAAGUGCUAUGUGAGGGGCAACGACCUGGAGCUGGACCCCGGUGAUGACUGGCAGACCUACCACAACGAGAUGUGCAACAGCAACACCGACUACCUGGAGACCGGCAUGUGCCAGCUGGGCGCCAGCGGCGGCUUCACCCAAAACACUGUGUACUUCGGCGCUCCUGGUGCCUACAACUGGAAAGGAAACAGCUACAUGAUUCAGCGGAAGGACUGGGAUUUAUCCGAAUAUAGUUACAAGGACCCAGGGGACCAAGGCAACCUCUACAUCGGCUACACGAUGCAGGUGGGCAGUGCCAUCCUGCACCCUACGAACACCACCAUUGUGACGGGUGCCCCUCGGCACCAACAUGUGGGCGCUGUCUUUUUGCUGAGCCAGGAGGCAGGUGGAGACCUGCGGAGGAGGCAGGUGCUGGAGGGCAGGCAGGUGGGCGCCUAUUUUGGCAGCGCCAUUGCCCUGGCAGACCUGAACAAUGAUGGGUGGCAGGACCUCCUGGUGGGUGCCCCCUAUUACUUUGAGAGGAAAGAGGAGGUAGGGGGUGCCAUUUAUGUCUUCAUGAACCAGGCAGGCACUUCCUUCCCGGCCCACCCCUCCCUCCUUCUUCACGGCCCCAGUCGCUCUGCCUUUGGCUUCUCCGUGGCAAGCAUCGGUGACAUCAACCAGGAUGGAUUCCAGGACGUUGCUGUGGGAGCCCCUUUUGAGGGCUUGGGCAAAGUGUACAUCUACCACGGCAGCUCCAGGGGGCUCCUCAGACAGCCCCAGCAGGUAAUACACGGAGAGAAGCUGGGACUGCCUGGCUUGGCCACCUUUGGCUACUCCCUGAGUGGGCAGAUGGAUGUGGAUGAGAACUUCUACCCAGACCUGCUGGUGGGGAGCCUGUCAGACCACAUCGUGCUGCUGCGGGCCCGGCCUGUCAUCAACAUCCUCCACAGGACCUUGGUGGCCAGGCCAUCUGUACUGGACCCUGCACUCUGCACAGCCGCCUCCUGUGUUCAGGUAGAGCUGUGCUUUGCUUACAACCAGAGUGCCGGGGACCCCAACUACAGGCGGAACAUCACCCUGGCCUACACUCUGGAGGCCGACCGGGACCGCCGCCCACCCCGGCUCCGCUUUGCCCUCAGUCAGUCAGCUAUCUUCCAUGGCUUCUUCUCCAUGCCCGAGAUGCGCUGCCAGACGCUGGAGCUGCUCCUGAUGGACAACGUCCGUGACAAACUCCGACCCAUCAUCAUCUCCAUGAACUACUCUUUACCUUUGCGGAUGCCUGAGCGCCCCCGACUGGGGCUUCGGUCCCUGGACGCCUACCCGGUCCUCAACCAGGCGCAGGCUCUGGAGAACCACACGGAGGUCCAGUUCCAGAAGGAGUGCGGGCCGGACAACAAGUGCGACAGCAACUUGCAGAUGCGGGCGGCCUUCGUGUCUGAGCUGGGGCAGCGGCUGAGCAGGCUCCAGUACAAUAGAGACUUACGAAAACUGCUGCUGAGCAUCUACCUGACCAACACCCCGAGCCGGGAGCGGGCUGGGGAAGACGCCCACGAGGCGCUGCUCACCCUGGCGGUGCCUCCCGCCCUGCUGCUGUCCUCAGUGCGCCCCGCUGGAGCCUGCCAAGCCAACGAGACCAUCGUUUGCGAGCUGGGGAACCCCUUCAAACGGAACCAGAAGAUGGAGCUGCUCAUCGCCUUCGAGGUCAUUGGGGUGACCCUGCACACAAGGGAACUCCAGGCACAGCUGCAGCUCUCCACGUCAAGUCACCAGGAUGACCUGUCACCCAUGACCCUGACUCUGCUGGUGGACUACACGCUCCAGGCCUCGCUCAGCAUGGUGAGUCACCGGCUACAAAGCUUCUUUGGGGGGACAGUGAUGGGCGAGUCUGGCAUGAAAACUGUGGAGGAUGUGGGAAGCCCUCUCAAGUAUGAGUUCCAGGUGGGCCCAGUGGGGGAAGGGCUGGCAGCCCUUGGUACCCUGGUCCUGGGACUGGAGUGGCCCUAUGAAGUCAGCAAUGGCAAGUGGCUGCUGUACCCCACGGAGAUCACGGUCCACGGCAAUGGGUCGUGGCACUGCCGGCCACCUGGAGACCUUGUCAACCCUCUCAACCUCACUCUCUCUGUUCCUGGGGACAGGCCGCCAUCUCCACAACGCAGGCGGCGACAGCUGGACCCCGGGGGAGGCCAGGGCCCCCUGCCUGUCACUCUGGCUGCUGCCAAAAAAGCCAAGUCUGAGAUCCAGCUGAGCUGUGGCAGUGACCACACCCGCUGUGUGUGGCUGGAGUGCCAGAUUCCUGAUGCCCCCGUCAUCACCAAUGUGACAGUGCAGGCACGAGUGUGGAACAGCACCUUCAUCGAGGAUUACAAAGACUUUGACCGAGUCAGGGUAGCCAGCUGGGCCACCCUGUUCCUGCGAACCAGCGUCCCCACCAUCAACAUGGAGAACAAGACGGUGCGGUUCUCCGUGGACAUUGACUCUGACCUGGUGGAGGAGCUGCCAGCCGAGAUCGAGCUGUGGCUGGUGCUUGUGGCUGUGAGUGCCGGACUGCUGCUGCUGGGGCUGAUCAUCCUCUUGCUGUGGAAGUGUGACUUCUUUAAGCGGACCCGCUAUUACCGGAUCAUGCCCAAGUACCACGGGGUGCGGAUCCGGGAGGAGGAGCGCUACCCACCUCCAGGGAGCACCCCGCCCACCAAGAAGCACUGGGUGACCAGCUGGCAGACUCGGGACCGAUACUACUGACAUCCUCCCUGAUCCCACCCCUGCUCCCCUAGUGUCCCCUUCUUCUAUUUAUCAUAAGUUAUGCCCCGACAGUCCACAGGGGCUACUGCCUUUGGCUGGCACCAGCAGGCUCGGGCACACACACCUCUUCAAGUGUAUGCACGUGCCGUCCGGCCAUGGCCUUCUCCCCGAAGGAGGGCUGGGGCCGUGGAACUUGCAUUGCUGAGCACCGCAGCCCUGUGCCCUGGACACAUAUGAGCACAUAUGGGUCCCACUGCUUGUGGAGUGUGCUUGUGCACCCCAGAUGGUGCAUGGACAUGCGUGUCCCAGCCUCUGCCUGUGCCAUAACCAAGCCAAAGGGCCUCCACCAGAGCCAGGAGGAAGAGGCCCCCAAUGUGGUGACACCUUCUCUGUUCACACUGGACCCAUCGUGAGCCAUAGUCACUGGAUUGACUCUGUCCUCAAGAUGAAAACUACUGACAGGCCCCCGGUGCAGCUCCCAGUACCCAUGCCAGAGAGUCGGAGCCUGCCUAAGGUUGUCCCAGGGGGUGUUCGCAGGACCUGGCAUGCUCAGACCCAAGAGCGGAAGGAACUAGAAGGAAGGUCCCCAGGAUGGCUUUCUUUCAUGAAUCGUUGCGAAACCUCUGUCCUCAGCCAUGGCCAUUCCAUGCACUAGCAGGAAAUUCAGCCCUAAGAAACAAAGAUGGACACAGUGCUAGGCAGCCAGGACACGCUGUGCUGGGACUGCCCAGGGAGCACGAUGGAAUCCUCAACAGAAGAGGGGACUGGUCCUGGGCCAAGGAGAUGUUGGAAGGAUACAGAGCAGAUACCACUUUUCACCCACAUUACCAUCCUGGCCUGGAGGGACCCCCACAAGAUCACAGAGGGAGCGACACUUGAAUGUAGAACAGGGAGGGAGCCCCAUCAUGCCACAUCAGCCAGACCCCACUCUGCCCCCACUGACCAUGGGCUGGAGACCUAGAAGUGGAGCUCUUGGCUGCCCUUGGCUUUCAGAGCCAGGUUAGCUCUGCCUUCUCCCCUGCGGCCCAUUCUAGAAGUUGAGGCUGGUUCCAGAAAACCUCUCCUGACCCCUGCCUAUUGGCAGGCCCCCUCCCCAACCCCUCCCCACUUCCAUGGUACUGUAGCAGGGGAGCUCCCUCCCCCUCCUCGUGCCUUCUUUGUACAUAGGCUUCUCACGGCAGCCAGUAAAGAGCUCCCAGUUCGUACACGCUGCAUCUGCCUCCAUCCACCCCCAUGCCUCACCAACGCCAUUCAGUCCGACGGAUCAUGCUACCUAGCUGACCCCCAGGUGGACAAAGCCAGGUGCAGGGGCUCUUAGAGGUUGGGAGGGUGAAACUCUAUGGCGGAGAUACCUGCUCCUGUUCUCAGGGGUGUCCCAGUCUAAGGGAUGGUCAUGGUCACAUAACUGAGAUCCAGAACAUGAGAUGAGAGAAAAGA